CUGCAGUCAUGGGAGAUUUACUGAAGGAAAUACAGAUCAUGUCCCCAGAGGCAGCUGACGUCCUGAAACAGGCCACCAAAUAUGCCACUAGAAAAACAGGGGGAGCUGCAAAAUAAUUUGGCCAGCUCUGCCCAAAUUGACCCUGGGGUCAUUAUGAAACACAUCGGCCUCAUUCAUGAACAAUUGGAAUAUGUGCAGCUCCUCCUUAAUGAUGAGAACCGACUGAAGAACAUCAACACAAGGCAGCCGUACUCAAAAGCUGAUGAAGGAGACUCAAACGCCAGGACGUCACCACACUACUUUCAGGAAGUCACAGUGAAGUACAAGAUGGUUGUCAGAGGUCAAACCUUUGGCGCCCAUACACAGCUGAUGGAUCAAGUGAAGCGCGCCACUAAGGGCGACGUUCGGCUUUUGGAAAACUCUCAGGACAGCCAGAUUAUUAUUGUCUUCUGUCCAAUCACGUCACGCAUUGAGUGGGACGUGAAGGCAGCGAUGAGUGGUGUCCCAGGUGACAAACCCGUCAUUCUGGUGAAAAUGCACCACGUAUGUGAGUCCAGGUCCUCACUGUGUUCAAAUACAUCGAUUGAUGACAGGAAUAUUGUCUUGCAGGUCAGUGUUUUCUACCAUGAGAACUUACGUGGGUUACUGGAGUGCAAACUAAAUGAAACUGCUGUCUCUGGGAUAAAACAAGAAUUACUGAAGCACAGUGAUCAUAGAAGUUCAGUUACCAGUGCAAGUACUUCUCGUUGGGGUAUUAGUAUGCCAAAACUUCCUAGCCUGAAGAAGUCGGGCGUGGAGGAUGGGCGUGGAGGCACAACAGGUGGGGCGCGCGGCCACGAGGGGAAAAUGUGAGGCGGAACUAAUAUUAACGGCGGAGCAGUAAACAAAUCACAGUCAAGGCGGUAGGACAUGAGGAGAGACCAGUGUGUAUUUAUGUCUGAAAACUCUAUAAGACCCAACAAAUUAAGAAGAUCCUUAGAAACAUUACACCCCAGUCACAUGCAUGUGUACUUUUUGGCUGAGCUUUAUCAUCUUUGUAACAAAGUGAUGAUGAUUGAAUUCAUGAAAAAAAUUCUAGCUCCAAAGUGGGGCAUGACAGAAAAAGUUGGAGAACCACAUGGCUGGAUAACAAUCUUGUUUACAAACAAACAACAUAACCACUUUGAUGGAGGUAAAAAAAUAAAUAAUGCAAUGGAUGGUAUGAGCUCCAACAUCAGAAACAAAAUGAAAACAAUUAUUAUUAAUGGAUCUUGAGCCAAUGUGGCCCGGGAAAGGGAAGUCUGGGGCCCCCUGCUUGAGCUGCUCCCCCCGCGACCCGACCCCGGAUAAGCGGACGAAAAUGAGAUGAGAUCUUGAGCUAAAUAUAUAUUAGAGGUAUGUUGAACAUUGUUAUAACUUUAAAAUCACAGAGGAGAAGAUGACAUUAAUUGAGUUUUUUUUCCAUGUCUGCUGUUAAUUUUCUAAAGUUGCCAUCAUUUAAUGUGUUGUGUCUUUGUACCAGUCAUGGUUUUUAAGUAAGAGAUUAACAGUGCAGAGGCUACACAUUCAGUGAUCAGACAACUUUGUGUAUUGACCUACGAGAGACAAAACAAUGAAUAGAUUCGCAAAUGAAGGUUGUUUUAAUGUACAUUUUGCUGUAACUGCUUAUAAUGGAAUGCUUCAGAAUACAUGAUGUAUAAUUACUGUACAUGAUAAAACAAAAUAAACUUCAAGUAUGGGUAUGACCAUAAUGGCUGAA